AUGCCACAGAACGACAGGGUCGUGAACGAAUAUAUGACAGCUGAUGACCAAGAAAGCGAUUACUUGAUAAUGCCAUCGACGUCGGAUGACCUCAAGAAAAUGCGAGUGCGAGCGGAACAAGACAGGGAUCAGGGGUGUUUGCGGGGUUCGGCGAGCUUGAAGGUCGCUCGCCCAAAAUCAGUACCUUCUCGUGGCGAG